CUCUAAUCUUAUCAUAGAUUCCUGAGAAGAAAUCCCCUAAUAAGGCCGAGGAAACAAACUGCUGAUGGCCAACUGUGCCAUAGUACAGUCCGGGUUGUGUAGAAACUUCGGUGACGGUGAAGGUGCACCGCUUGUUAAUCCAGAGCUAUAGGAUAUCUGGCUUAGUCAGCUGAACAAAGUGGCCUGUGCUCUCUCGAGCUCACUUCACAAUUCCGCAACUCAAAACACGCCGGUCGGUUGUCAAACCUCCGAGCUUCCUCAUGACUGAGGGGCGCAACUCUAUAUUUCCUUUCCUCAAGGACCUCACGAAGGCAACAUGGCCUACAAACGCCCUCGCCCACCCUCACCUGGCGCAGCUCAGAAGCGGGCCCGUGGAGGUGCCGCUGCCUCGAUGAUCAAGUUGGGCACCGAGCUCCCCCCAGACGAGGAUGGUGACAGUGGUGCCUUCGUGCCCGUGUGGAAACAGACUGUGACAGACGAUCGAGGGCGUAGGAGACUGCAUGGAGCCUUUACCGGUGGCUUCAGUGCAGGGAUUAGGUACUUCAACACCGUGGGCUCCAAGGAAGGAUGGACACCCAAGACUUUUGUCUCCUCUCGAUCCGACCGGAAAAAGGAUCAAGGUGCCCUCGCACAGCGACCCGAAGACUUCAUGGAUGAAGAGGACCUGGCCGAGGCCGCUGAAUCCCGCCGACUGGAGACUGCUCAGGACUUUGCGACCGUCGGAGGCUCUGGGGUUGGCACUGCUAAAGACGACUUCUUCGGACUGUUCAUGACCCAAGAAGAGACAAUGGGUGUGAAAAUCCUUCAGAAGAUGGGCUGGCGUCGAGACCAAGGCAUCGGUCGUAGGGUGCGUCGGCUCGCUCAAUUGCAUGAUACCGACGCCGGAGCGGAGGCUACGACUGCGUCUGCGCAGCAUAUGUUUGCCCCGGAAGAUGUUCCGCAAAUGCCACUGGUCCCCCAGGAUCAUCGAAACGGACUGGGGUAUCAGGCAGAAGCCCGUCUGGCAAAGAAUGAAGAGGAGGAGGAAGAAAUCAGGACUGGACCUACAUUGCAUUUCUUGGAACCUACUCCCAAACCGCAGACUCAACGAAAGCUGCCUAUAAAGAAGACAUCAUUUGGCGUAGGUGUGCUGAAUGACACUGGGUCCGAUGAAGAAGACCCUUACGAGCUCGGUCCGAAGAUCACAUUCAAUAAGACUAUAGGCAAGGAAAAGAAAGCGAAGAAACCCAGCAAAUUUGCCAAGACAGGAACUGGUGACAAGGUGGUCUAUGUACCUAAGAAGGCGGGAUCCAGGAUUUCUUCCGACAUAGUACUCAGAUCGCGCGAUGGCCACCCGCCUCUUCGUGGUUUUGUUCUGGCGACUGAUAUACUCCACUCAACAAAGCGCAGGUUUCCACCGCCACAGAUACCGCCGGGUUGGAAAUCUGCAAAAGGCAAUGGUGCAGGAACACCCGCACACGAAUUCCAGUCUGUGGCAGAUGCUGCUAAGACCUCCACUCUUGAUGCAAAAACUCGUGCAGCGUUGUUAGGUGAAACACCGUUACCUACAAAGUCGGUGUUCGAUUACAUCUCGAAGGAAAAUCGCGAUCGCAUUGCCGCUCUCACGGGCAAACAAGACUUGCCAGAAGGACGUGGGGAGGGUGCUCCUGCUGGCAGUAAGGAAGAGGGGCAAAGAUCAUUAUGGACAUUUGUACCCAAGCUUGACAAGGACAUAGCUGCUGCUGCCUUGGCUAAAGGCGCGACCGGAUGGAUGCCAUACUCCGAAGACCCAAAGAAACGGGCACGAUACGUUGCUUUCCUAGAAUUGCGCUCGGGUCUGAGGCAAGAGCUCCCCGAACGCGUUCCCACCAUGUCUGUCUCAGAUUGGGUAAAAGAGUUGGAGGAAUUCGCGCAUGCUGCGCAAGUAUUCAAGCCUACCUCUGGCAUUAUGGCGUCGAGAUUUACAUCCGCGAGCAGUUCCAGUAGUGCCGCCUCAGGAAAUGGUACCGCAGGGGACAGCCUUCUUCGUACGCCUACCACAAAACCGGAGGACCCUGCUGAGCAGGCUGCUAAGCUGGGAAUGUACGGGCCCAUGACAAGAAGUCAAUUUCCCUUUCAUCCAACACGCCUUCUAUGUAAGCGCUUCAAUGUUGCGCCGCCCGCGCAUGUUCCUUUUGCACCGGAAUCUGGAGUAGGCGACGCAAGCGUGAGGGCAAGGGAGGCCGUGUCAAAGCCUGCCAUGGACGAGCUUAUGCAUGAAUAUCUCACCCGUGGUCCCAUGGUUCAACGUCCUGCGUGGAUGACUCAACAGUCGGAACAGCCUGUGCCCGUUUCUACAUCGCAGCAUGCACCCGUGGACGUGGAAAACAACGAAGCGCUUUCCAAGGAGAGGGCACCGGAAGAAGUCUUCAAGUCCAUCUUUGGUGAUGACGAUGACUAACGUGAGGCACGGUAGGCUUUGCUUGUAGACUACGCUAUGCAAGUUUCCUUCCAGCCAGA